AGUUUGCAUACGCUGUGGCCAAAGUAAUCUGCGGAUGUCGUUCUUUCAUUGAUACGUGCCCGGUAUCAUCCGACUUCGUGUGUUCAUUACAUUCUCACAUCUUCCUCGCCCUAAUUACGUAAAAAAUGGAAUUUGGUAACUACCCGGCGGAGUAUGAACCAGCGAAACAUGGCCCAUACGAUCCUGCUCGAUAUUACGGAAAACCUGACACUCCCUUCGGGGAAGUGAAGCUCGGCGAAUUGAGCUCAUGGGUUAUGCGACGCAACAAGGGACCCCGUGAAUUGAUGGGAUUGCUAUCUCGAGCUUUUUGGCGGUGGCAGCACAAGUAUAUGCAACCUGUAAAGAUGGGUGUAGCUCCCUUUUUCCAAGUUGCUGUUGGAUGCUCGAUUCUGUCUUAUUAUUUGAAUUACUUGCGUAUCAGACACCACAGGAACUACAAAUACCAUUAAACCAUUGCUCUACUGUUAAAGAUGUAUUCAGUCAAAAUAGGAUUCUGUUACAUUGCAUUAGUUAACCAAGAAAUGUGAGCAAUUUGAAACACUUGUAAAAUGAAAUAAAGACAAUUAAAAAGA